CAUUUCAGCUCUGCUAAAGUACCAACAAUCACCACAACUGUACAAUCAUCGCUGGACUCGGACCAAACGACGCAGCUGAAAACGACACGUGAUCCAGUCAAGCGUCCACCCCUCUACCGACAGGACUACUCAACCUGCGUCGACUCGAGCGAAGCACAAUCGGACGAUAGUCAUUUAACACGCGACUCUGUUACGCGUGAAUCCCAAAACGACGAACUCUCCUCGUCGACGCUCGACAAACUCGACCUUAGCACUCUACCAUUACCGGCCCUACCACCAAAGAAGCGACGCACCCGUCUGCGCGCCAGUCCAUCGCGGCAUCACAGCGGCAGCAGUCGGCGUGCGUACGAGCAUGAUUUGGCUGCGCCUGUUGGCGGCGAAGAAACACGACACACAGCUGCCUCUGCUGCGCAUAUAAGUUUGCAAGCGGUCGCCACUGGCAGCGGUGCUGGUGGUGGUAGUGGCGGUAGCGGUGGCAGCUGUGGCGAAGCAACGCCACAUCUCUCUGCCUUUCAGCAGUACGUGGCAAAGCGUCGCGAAAGUCUCGAAGCAUCAUCGCGCAGCUUCAACGAAAAACUGGAAGCGCGUAGAAUGCAUUACCACAUGGGUGGUGGCGGCGGUUGCGAGAGCGGCGUUGGCAGUAACGCAAGUGGAGGACCAAUGACCGGAGGUAGUACUCAUAUGCCUACCUAUUUAUUUGGUGAGCACUAUUAUGGAGUGCCUAAGAAGGUGACGGGCACGCGAAAGUCGCCCCACGGCAACAAGGAGGAGAUUUUCCUCAACAAAUCUGGUUGGGUGCAAGUGAAUACGAAGCGCAAUAGCGAUGAGAAUCGAGGCGUUGGUAGUUAUCGAGCCGCAAACUAUGCGCAUCAGAACGGCGGCAGCAUCGAUGGUGAAAGUGAGCGAGAUUUGCGACGUACAGUGCGCGUCAUACAAAUAGAUAAUACCCGACGGUCGGAUAGGGCACGACAGGCACUACAACAACAUCAUCAAUAUUCGCUCGAUCCCGCAUUUGGCAUGGGCAAAUAUCCGGCGAGCAAAGUAGAAGAGCUGAUCCAACGUAAUCAGGCGCGAGUCAGCAAUGCUGGUGGUCCGGUUUUCGUAACGACACGUGACAAUGCUCUACGGCCCGGCUAUCGAAUCGUCGAUCCUCAAUUGGCCAGCAUUCUCAAUGAACGUCCCGGUUUCCUGCCUGUGCGUAAUUUGCACGACGCAGAUUCACCGCCACCCAUUACACCCAUACUCUCUCCACCACCCGCCUUCCAAGACAGUAGCAAAUCCAAAUACAUUGAUCGACGUAAAACCAUACCGAGUAGACAGCAUCAGUCGGCGCUGACUGCCAACAAUCUGCAUGCAGCGAACAGCAAUGGCAGCACCGUCAAGGGUAUGGUAUUCUCUCGAAGCUUUGAGUAUGACACACGUCGAAAUGCGCCAGCUGAUAGUUAUGUGGAAACGUUUUCGCGUAGCUUUGAUGGCAAUCUCUGCGAACGGCCACCGCUGCAGCGUGAUCGUUCGCCCAACUUCAGCUCGCUCACCGGCAAUUCACCCAACUAUCUGACGAAGAAAGAUUCGGGUGGCGGCAGCAGUGGCAGCUUACGUAGUCGUGACAAUUCACCAAAAUACCAGCAUCCACAGACCACUGCCUAUCUGAAUGCUUCGAUAAAAGAAGCGCCUCCCUCCUUUAGUUUGGCUAGCGCGAAUCCCAAUGCGGGCUCCAGCAGUCGCUAUUCGCCGCGAUCUCGACACGAACGUUCCUUCGAGCGGUCGAAGAGUCACAAUGUGUUGGUGCGUUCGCGGAAGUCUCAAUUCAAUCGAGUGGCUAGUGGUGGUGCUACAGUGGGAAUAGGUGCUGGAGGCAGCCAACCGCCGAUGGUGAGCGUUGGUAUGUCACGCUUUCGCAGCUUCGAUACGACGGCGAGCCAGCGACUGAAUUCAUGCGACAGUGGAGCGAGAUCAGAUCUCUCCAACGACGAGUUAGAUUGCGAUGACGAUGUAGGCUCCAAUGAAUUCCUCACCGCCAAUUAUCACCACAGCAUAUCACCGUUAAAAACGCAACGCCAGCGUUCACUUACACCAGAUCGCAACGAAUCGCAUAGCUCAUCGAGUAGCAUAAGAAAGCAGCGUUCUCUCACGCCAGAGUCACGAUCGCUCACGCCAGAGGACCGACGACGAAAAGGCGGUUCGCAAGCAUCGCUUAUGGGAUCGCGACAAAAUUCAAGUUCUCGCAGCAAUACGCUCGAACGUAAGCAGCGAUUAACUGAAGGACAGCCAUCAGCGAACAUAUCGCGCAGCUCCUCGAGCUCAAGCUACAGUGGUGGUGGCGUCGUUGAGCAUGACGGAGGCGGUGGCGUAGGUGCAGGUGCAGGUGCAGGUGCGGGAAUGCCAACAACUUCUGUAGUAGGUGUUGUUGGUGUUGGCGCUGGAGGUACAGGUGGCGGCAUUGGAGGUGUAGUCGCUGCUAUGCCCGGCAGUGGUGGACGCUCACAACAUCGACGUUCCCUUGGGCGAAACGCCAAGCAGGUGGAUGAGCAUCGCAUAAGGAGAUCUAGAUCUCUACAGCUUAGCGAACGUUCACCCAAUCGCACACACAAAGUCAUUGUAUCCAUGGGCCAAUCACAAGGCUCUGGUGUCGCUUAUCACACAGCGAAUGCGCAGCCAAUUUACCAACAAGCCGCCGUGCGCGUAAGCAAUGGCGGCGCUGCAACAGCCCGCCCACCCAUACGCACCAGCAGCAAGUCGCAGUCAUUGCUGUUGACCAGCAGUAACUCUGGUGCCGGACGUACGCGCAAUAAUGACAUCGAUAAAAGUCGCUCCUUCGACUUUGACUACUGCAAUUACAAUAAUCAAGUCGCGCUGAAGGGGCAUAGUCACGUAAGUGGCAGUGGCGGCGGAGGUGGCGGCAACAAUCAGAAUGUGCCUAUGCGCUUGGACUUUGACAAGAGCCGCUCAUUCGACGAGGACUACAGAGAGCCGCUGAGUAACGUCAGCAAUACAUUGACUGCAGCGAAUGGCAUGCGUUACUUGCAGGCUGUUGCCGAUGAGCGCAGCAACAAAACCAGUCGCCUGCGGCGUUCAUCACCCGUCGGCAGCGGUGAGCGAAACUCACGCUCGCCGCUCUCCGGCUCGUCGUGCAACAAUCUCAACUUACCACGGCAAUCAACAAGUCCCCAGAGUUAUGGCACGCGACUCUGUGAUCACGAGCUCACCUACGACAUGCUGCGCAAAUCACUCGAUCGCUCGCCGAUCAUGGACUUUCGACGCGGUGACAGCGGUGAAUACGAUUUGCCGCCAGCGCUGUUGCGCAAUCGUGAAACGAUCAACAGUGGCGGCAAUAGUGAGUUGAAUUUCUUUAACAAUGACACAACACACAUCUACGAGCAGCCAACGACCAAGGUGACAACGACUGCAGCAGCCGGCUCCUUGAAGCAGCAACGUUCGCUGGGCCACACACAUAGUCCGAGUGAGUCGCAAUACUCGUUAGAACGGCAACACGGCAAUGCGUCGGGACGUGAGAGUAUGACGCCGGAAGGCGCAAGUGGCGAUUAUCGCAGCGAGCAUGUCUACCGACAUCCGCAUACGCGGGAGUCAUCACGAGAGGGAGGAAAACGUUGCAGCGGCAGCAGCAGUAGUCGCAACAGUAAAAGAUUUACCACACCAACAAAAACAUCCUUGCCAACAACUCAGUUACCAACAGCGACGCCAACGAAACCGCAACAAAAAAACAUUUUGAAACGUCAGGAGGCGCUGCUGAAAUCUCCAACCACCUGUUCGUUUUGGCCAAAUUGUGGCGCUUGUGCUGCAAAUGCUGUGACACACGCACACCCGCACGCCACAGCCAAACGGCACACCUCCCUGCAGGAUUCCCAACAAUUGUCAUUGAAUUGUGAGCGCACAGCCGUAAGCAACCCGUCUUUGUGUCGCAAUCAUUCCGCACGUGCAGCCAAUGGUUCAAUCGAAUCAGUGUCAUACGUGAAAAGUGCGCGUGACAAGAACUCGCCUCACACCUCAAACACACCACACAGCGCGAGCAUUUCCACAAUCAGUGUCAAUUCUAAUUUCAACAAUGUCGGGUCACAUAAAGCAAUUCGCCGCCGUGGUAGUAGUGUUGCCGAGUCGCAAACAAGCAAAACAUUGGCAGGUGUCACUCGUAGUAAAACACAAUGGACGCUUUUGUGUAGCGGUGCUACGCUUAUGGAUAGCAUAGAAGAGUGUAACUCUACUAGGGGUGGAGCAUCAGCAGCAAUAAACAAGAGUGCAGCCAAUUACAGCAACAACAAACUUACAGUAGAUACCAAGAACACAAGUGACAACUUGUCUGCGUCUGUUCCUGCUGUCAAAUCGACCACUUUACCGUUAGCUGGCACUUCAACGAUAUUUUUAGGCGAUUUCGAAAUGCCAAUAACGCGCGACCGUGAAACAAAUAUGACGAGUAAGAAAUAUAGCCGAGAACGUGAUCGGGAACGGGAACGAAGUCGUGCGCCCGAAUACACUCGACUUCCGUUACAGCGAGAUAUUUUAAGCGUAGACGACUACCGAACGAUUAACGAAAUACAAAAUAAUGAUGACUUCGAUAUUCAUGUUCGCGAUGAGAUAUACGAUUCGAUUUACGCAAGGCAGCGCGAAGCUGUGGAGAUAAAUAGCUGCAACAUGGUGGCAACUAGAACUAAAACCAGCAAAUAUGUACCGACAGCUGCAGUAAAAGUAAUGGAAACAGCUACAAAAACCGCAACAUCAACAACAUCAGCUUUCACCGAACAUGCAAAACCAUUGCCAGCAACGCCAACAACUGUUACUGCUGCAGCAGCGUGUGGUAUGCCACUUAUGCGCGCUCGUGACUGGCAAAGCAUCUCACUGCCGAAUAUUUUGUUAUCGAGUUAUGG